GCCGUCGUCGGCGCCGACGCCACGCCCGACGCCGAGAACCGCUCCUACCUGGCGACGGCCGUGCAGAUGUGGGGACUGUGCCGGGCCGUCAUGUUCUGCUGCGACCAGGUGGAGCGGCCGGUCGCCAUUGCGCACCACGACAACCUGGUCACCUACCUGGGCUUCGUGUUCUACGGGCCGGUGCUGGUGGGGCCGCUGCUGGCGCACGCCGAUUACCUGGCGGCGCUGUCGCCGGCGGCCGCCGUCGGGCCGGGCUGGACGCGCCUGCGUCGCCUCGGCGCCGGCCUGCUGCGCCUCACCGGCUGGCUGCUGGUCAUCGAGCUCUCCAACCACCUGAUCCACUACCACGCGCUGGUCUACUCGCCCGACGACGUACAGCGCCUAUUCGGCCGCUGGGAGAUAGCGGGCCUGAACUAUUGGGCCGGCCAGCUGUUCCACGUCAAGUACGUGUUCUGCUACGGCGUGCCGUGCGCGCUGGCCGCCUUCGAGGGCGUGCGGACGCCGCUGCCGCCGCGCUGCGUCUCCUGGAUCGCCAGCUACUCGGACAUGUGGAAGUACUUCGACCACGGCCUGUACCUGUUCAUGCAGCGCCACAUCCACGGGCCGUUGUGCGGUGCGCGGCCGUCACCACUGCGGCGCAUGCUCGCCUCGGCCGUCGUGUUCGCGUUCGUGUUCGCCUGGCACGGCCUGAUGCCGCACAUCCUGCUCUGGGCGGCGACCAACUUCGUGUGCGUGACGCUGGAGCGGCUGGGCGCUCGGCUGGCGGCCAGCCGGCGCGGCCUUGAGUGGCGGCGCGUGGUGGGCGCCGCGUUGCGCCGCCGCUGCCACGCCCUGCUCGCGGCGCCGCUCUUCCUCGUCUCGCUCGUCUCGCAGGUCGGCUUCAUAACCAACAGCGGCGAGCUCGGUUGGCUGGCCAUGGUCGAGGGGCUGGCGCCGGCCAGCUCGGCCGACAUGCUCGUCACGCUCGGCUUCCUCUACUGCGGCGUGCAGGUGUCGUAUGACGUGAAGCGCUGGCGCCAGCUGCGCGCCCGACUGCCACGCCAGCAGGACAAGCUGAAGGAGGCGUGAGCGUCACCAACGCGCGACCGAGACGUAAUUGGGUCGCGCGUGCGUGGAGGGGUCGUCGCCGCGCCAGCCCAGCCUCGGCCCCAGAGAGACGCGGACCCCGCCGCGAGGCCCGGCCGGGCGACCUCGAGCCGCGCUGGCCGCUGACCGAGCGGGGGGCUAUGUGAUGUGGGCUUAGGAAUGGUCUCUUCCGAACGCCAGCACAAACUACAGUGAUUUUUGUGUGGCUUGUUAUGUUUGCUGCGUAUGGACAGAUUGAGUCGUACUCAUGGUCAACGUUGUAGAACAUUCAUCCGUUCUCAUCCGAUGUUCUUAUGGCUCUUUCAGAAGCCUGAUACAAAGUUGUCCGGUGCUUUUAGACGCCUAAUACAAAGUUGGUUACU